GCUGGACAGUCUUGGUUCGUCGUGUGUCCUUAAGUUGAAGUGACCGGUGUGGCUCCAAGAUGCUCCGACCACUGCUCUGUGUGCUUCUGGGCUCCGCCGUCCUGCUCUGCAACGCCGCUCCUCUGCAGACUCACGGGGAGCCGAACACGAAGUGUCCUCUGAUGGUGAAGGUUCUGGACGCAGUGAAGGGGGCGCCAGCGGGCUCUGUGGCGCUCAAGGUUUCUCGGCAGGGAGCCGACGGAGAGUGGCAACAAGUAGCUAAUGGCGUAACAGACGUGACGGGAGAGGCCCACAACCUGAUCACAGACGAGGAGUUUCCGGCUGGUAUCUACCGCGUUGAGUUUGAUACCAAGGCUUUCUGGAAAUCCCAGGGGUCCACGCCAUUCCAUGAGGUGGCCGAUGUGGUGUUCCAGGCCCACGCUGAAGGUCAUCGUCACUACACCUUAGCCCUCCUACUUAGUCCCUACUCCUACACCACUACUGCAGUCGUUGUCAAUGCACAUUAGUGAUGUCUGCGCACAACAUGUUUACACAGUAUGAAUGUUGGGACAGACAGCCAAUGUUUAAGUUGCAAGCUGUUUGCACAUUUACUUUGCAGAGUGGAUAUCACAACAAAAUGUCCUUUUGACUUCCAUUUGAGAGUGAACUCACAGUGACCGAACAACUGACAUGACUUUCAAAUGCAGUGUCUUCUUUUUUAGCAAGAAUUGAUUUUGUCACAUUACUCUGCUGAGGUGGCCUUACACAAGCCAUCAGUGCAUGACUAGGUUGUAUUUGUUAGAUUUUCCACUUUUAUUUGAAAUGAUCUUGGAAACUGUAUUUCUUUUGAAUUUUGUUUUUUGUAAAGGACUGUACCAAAACUACCCAAGUAUUGACCAAAGGCCAUCAAAGGACUUAUUUAUUUGAUUGUGGAUCUUAAAUUGUUCUAUUAUAAUCUAUUAAACUGCAAAAACACAAAAACAUUGACCUCUCCCAAUACACACAAUGUGUUAAACUAUCACUUGUCGUAUAUAUAUAGUAUAUAUAUAUAUAUAUAUAUAUAUAUAUACACACACACACACACAAGACCCAGCCUGCCUGUUCAAAUAUGUAAUAAAGUUGGUAGACAGCUGCCUGACUUGCACCAUCACGGUCACUCACAAGGGUCUUCUACACUUAGAAGAGGAUUUGUAGGUAGCUCUUCCAUGUCACUGGAUUAGUCUCACGAUUGUGUAAUAAAAGAUUAGAGACACUUAUUCAAAUAUUGGUCUAUAGUGGAACGGUUUGUCUGCUUUAUUUUUGGACUUUGACUUCAGAAAGAAUUUGACAACUUGAAGUAAAUAAAUGGAAGUUAUAAUCAAGUGAGACUUUAUUACUUAUAGCAGUUAAAUAAAG